AUGGCUACAGCCAGACUCCUUGAGAUUCAGGUAGAGGAUGAGCUGGUGGAAGCCGUGAAGGCACUUUCUCUCGAGGAGCUUACGGUUCAUGAGAAGAACAUGAAAGAGGAGAAGAACCGCAUCACUGAGCAGAUGAAGGUUCUCGCCACUCAUAAGAAGGAGCUUGAGAGAGCCAACAAGGAGGUGAAUGACAAGCUGAAAGUCAAAGAAAGGAGCGAAGCGGCAAAGGCGAAGACGAAAGCAAAGACAGAGCGGAUGUACUCCUACAUCUUCAAGUGGAAGGGUGAGGAGAUUCCCUUCCAGUUGGCCGGACGCUCGACAAUCACACAAUUCAGGAUGCAGUUCAUGAUCGCCACCGGCAUGAAGGAGUCAAAGGUGAAAAAGCUGUUGUUCUCCCACAACGAGGUCGUCAUGCGUGGUAGGAGUGAGAACACAGGCAAAGACGGCUAUGACAUGAAGGACGGCGACGUCGUUGAGGUUGAAGAUCUUGAUGAUUCUGUUUCCGAGACAGAGCAGGAUGAUGAGGAUGCAAUGGUGGAAGACCCUGACAUCUGA